AUGGCCGGCCGCUUCGUGAGAGCCUCCAAGUACCGCCACGUCUUCGGCAAGGGCACGAAGAAGGAACAAAGCUAUGACAACAUCCGCAUCUCGAAGAAUGCGUGGGACACCAACCUGAUCAAGGCCAACCCCGAGUACAUCUCCGUGAACUGGGAGGCAAGCGGCGGUGGCGCCUUUGCCGUCAUCCCCAUCAACGAGAAUGGCCGCGCCCCCGAGCUCAUGCCCCUCUUCCGCGGACACACCGCCGCCGUGCUCGACACCGACUGGAGUCCGUUCAACGACCGAUUGAUCUCGUCUGCCUCGGACGACGGCAAGGUCUUCAUCUGGCAGGUCCCAGAGAACUUCACUCUGCAAAGUGAUGGCGAGGAGCCCGCCGACGUUUCGCCCGUCGCUCGUCUGAGCGGGCACAUGAGGAAGGUCGGCCACGUCCUGUUCAACCCCGCUGCCGAGAGCGUCCUUGCCAGUUCCUCCGGCGACUACACCGUGAAGCUUUGGGAUGUCGAGGCUGGCCAGGCCAAGCUCACCCUCAAGCACAACGACAUCGUGCAGUCGCUGUCUUGGAGUGCCGACGGUUCCCAGCUCGUCACCACGUGCCGAGACAAGAAGCUGCGCGUAUGGGACGUCCGCCAGGAGAAGCCCGCCCAUGAGGUUGCUGGACACCCUGGUGCAAAGAACAGCCGUGCCGUCUGGAUGGGUGAGACCGACCGUAUCGCCACCACUGGUUUCUCUCGCAUGAGCGACCGCCAGCUGGGUCUGUGGGACCCCCGCAACCCGUCGGAGCCCAUCGGCGGCUUCCAGAUCCUCGACUCGAUCUCCGGUGUCUGCAUGCCCUUCUGGGACGAUGGUACACAGUGCCUGUACCUUGCUGGCAAGGGUGAUGGCAACAUCCGUUACUACGAAUACGAGAACGACAAGUUCGAGUACCUGUCCGAAUACUCUUCUCCCAACCCGCAGCGAGGUGUUGCCUUCAUGCCCAAGCGCGGUAUUAACCUUCACGAGAACGAAGUCUUGCGCUGCUUCAAGACUGUUAACGACAGCUUCAUUGAACCCGUAUCCUUCAUUGUACCUCGCCGUGCCGAGAUGUUCCAGAGCGACAUCUUCCCACCUACGAACGGCCUCAAUGCUGGCGUCACUGCUGAAGAAUGGUUUGGCGGUAAGACUGCAUUGCCGCCCAAGAUCUCGCUGGAAAGCCUCUACAACGGCGAGGCGCCCAAGGAGGUGCCUUCCGACUAUAAGCCACCUGCUGCUCAGCCUUCCCCCGUCAAGGCUGAGCCACCAAAGCCAGCGCCGGAGCCGACACCUGCUCCUGUGUUCCGCGCCCCACCACCGCAGCUGAAGGACAAUGCUUCCUUGUCUUCCCAGGCCGAUCGAUUCGCUGAGAAGGAUGGAGAGUCAGACAAGGAGAGCGACUCCAGCUUCGAAGAGGUGGCCAAGCCUGUCCAGCGCCCAUCUGUCAUCGCCGCAAGCCCCAAGGAACCGGAGCAACAGAAGUUUACCCCUCCCACAGCAUCUGCUCCCGCACAAGCAAAGGCCACGCCAGCCGAACCCACGCCCGCCCCAGCAGCUGCGCCCCCUGCUUCCACACCGAGCACGGGAGGACCGGCCUCGGCUCUGCGUGAUGCGCUUGGUGACAUCAAGUCUCAGCUUGAGCACCAGACCAAGGUCAUGGCCGAUCAGUCUGACCAAAUUGCAUUGCUCGUUCGCGAAGUCACGCAGCUGAAGACCAAGGCCAGUGCACAGGCACUAGACCCAUCAUCGCGCGAGAAGGAUGAGCGCAUCAGGCAGUUGGAGCUUGAGCUCGAGGAAGCCAGGUCUUGA